AUGUCUCCGAUUUUAAGUCUCAUCUCCGACAAAACAAUCAAUCUCACUCCUUACGCAAUUAUCAUCCUCACCGCUAUCUUCUCGAUCUCUUGGUAUCUUUUCAAACGCCAACAACCGCAACCGCCUCUACCGCCUGGACCGCGAGGGCUACCUAUAGUCGGAAACCUUCCGUUUCUUGAUCCGGACCUUCACACCUACUUCACAAGCCUUGCUCAAAGUCACGGUCCAAUCUUCAAACUCAAUCUUGGCUCAAAACUAACCAUCGUGGUCAACUCUCCAUCCUUAGCUCGAGAGAUCUUCAAAGAUCAAGACAUCAAUUUCUCAAACCAUGACGUUCCCAUCACCGCUCGAACCAUUACCUAUGGCGGUCUCGACCUCGUUUGGUUACCAUACGGAGCCGAGUGGAGAAUGCUUAGAAAAAUUUGUGUUCUCAAGCUUCUUAGUCGCAAAACUUUGGAUUCUUUCUACGAGCUUCGACGCAAAGAAAUCAGGGAAAGAACUAGAUAUCUAUACGAGCAAGGUCGAAAGAACUCGCCGGUGAACGUUGGAGAACAGUUGUUCUUGACGACGAUGAAUCUAACGAUGAAUAUGUUAUGGGGAGGUUCAGUGAAAGCAGAGGAGAUGGAAAGUGUUGGAACAGAGUUUAAAGUAGUGAUUUCUGAGAUAACUAGGCUUUUAGGUGAGCCUAAUGUUUCGGAUUUUUUCCCGUGGCUAGCGAGGUUCGAUCUUCAAGGGCUUGUGAAGAAUAUGCGUGUGUGUGCUCGAGAGCUUGAUGCCAUAUUCGACCGAGCCAUCGAGCAAGAGCAAAGGCUAAGGGGCAGAGAUGAUGAUGAUGGUGAAUGUAAAGACUUUUUGCAACAUUUGAUGAAGUUAAAGGACCAAGAAAAUGACUCGGAGGUUCCUAUAACGCUUAACCAUGUCAAAGCCGUUCUCGCGGAUAUGGUGGUUGGUGGCACGGACACAUCGACAAAUACCAUAGAGUUUGCGAUGGCCGAGCUAAUAAGCAAACCGGAGUUGAUGAAGAGAGCGCAAGAAGAGCUAGACGAAGUUGUAGGCAAAGAUAACAUUGUUGAAGAAUCACACAUUACUAGUCUUCCUUACAUGCUAGCCAUUAUGAAAGAAACACUUAGGCUUCACCCAACCAUUCCUUUGUUAGUCCCUCACCGUCCCACUGAAACCGCAGUCGUGGGUGGCUACACGGUUCCUAAAGACACUAAGGUCUUCAUCAAUGUUUGGUCUAUUCAGAGAGAUCCAAAUGUUUGGGAGAAUCCGACUGAGUUCCGUCCUGAGAGGUUUCUUGAUAAGANUUGUGAUUUCACNGGAACCGAUUAUAGCUACCUUCCGUUUGGAUCUGGCCGGAGAAUUUGUGCCGGUAUAGCACUCGCCGAGAGGAUGGUUUUGUACACUCUCGCGACGCUGUUGCAUUCGUUCGAUUGGAAGAUAUCAAAAGGACAUGUGGUGGAUUUGGAAGAGAAGUUUGGGAUUGUCUUGAAGCUCAAGACACCACUUGUUGCCUUGCCCAUUCCAAGGUUGUCUGAUUCGAAUCUUUAUCUAUAG